UCCUGUGCUGUAAAAGUCUCUCUGCUGAGAUGUUCUCUCUCCCCUCUUCCUCUGAGUCUCUUAUUCUUCUUCUGCAAACCCUAUAUAAGAUUAUUAUCCUGCUCUAAAUAUCAGAUUUAUGAUCUCAAAUCUCUCUUAGGUUCUACUUUAUCCCUUUAAUUUGGUUUUGAAAUUGUAACUUAUUUCUGAAGAAAAUGGAGAGCGUUCUAACGGCGACGGAGAAGCAGAGUAUGGUCUCAUCCUUCCUUGAAAUUGCAGUGGGGCAGUCGGCCGAUACAGCGAGGCAGUUCUUACAGGCCACGAGUUGGAAGCUUGAGGAAGCUAUUCAGUUGUUCUAUGUUGGAAAUGAAGGUGGGGGUUUGCCAUCCUCUUCCUACUCUUCACCAACCAAAAAUGCUUCACCAUUGCCUGGACAAAGCAUAGGUGGACAGGAAGGAAACAUUGAAAAUGUUGGACAAGAUGAUGGAAGUGAAGAAGUACGGGCUCCUCUACCAGUAAAAAGAGAGGUUCUGUAUGAUGAUGCUAUGUUGUAUAGAACCUCAAGGAUGGGAUAUCCGUCACAAGAUGCAAGUUCAGUGGUUGCAUUUCGUAAUUUUGAUGAGGAGAUGAAACGUCCUGGUGUUUGGGAGUCAGAACAAGGGGCUGCAUCCUCAGAGAUUUCCCAGGAUAAUCUUGCUUCAUUAUAUCGUCCUCCUUUUGCCUUGAUGCUCCAUGGAUCUUUUGACAAGGCAAAAGUUACAGCUUCUGAUCAAGACAAGUGGCUCCUGGUAAACUUGCAGUCUGCCAAGGAAUUCAGCUCACAUAUGCUGAACCGGGACACAUGGUCAAAUGAAGCUGUGGCUCAGACUAUCAAGACUAACUUUAUCUUCUGGCAGGUAUAUGAUGAUACUACUGAAGGCAAGAAAGUCUGCACUUAUUACAACUUGGAUUUCAUUCCCGUGAUUCUUGUUAUUGAUCCCAUCACAGGGCAAAAAAUGCGGUCAUGGAAUGGGAUGGUCCAUCCAGACCGUUUUUUGGAGGAUCUACUGCCAUUCAUGGAUGGUAACCCCAAGAACCAUCAUAUCACUCUUCCUCAUAAACGUCCGCGUGAUAGUUCUCAGAUUUCUACCCAAAAAGUAGAAGCUGUAGAGGAUGCAAAUGAGGAGGAUGAAGAAUUGCGGCUAGCACUGGCAGCUUCUUUGGAAAGCAAAAGUGAGGCCAUGAACCCUACCUCUACUAAUCCAAAAGAUGAUUCCAAUGUGGACAAGGAAGCCUGCUCAACCAAGAAGUAUACAUAUCCACCUCUUCCUGAAGAACCCAAGGGUGACAGAAACCUCCUUUGCAGGGUUGGAAUUCGUCUUCCUGAUGGUCGUAGGCUUCAGAGAAAUUUCCUCCGUAAGGACCCAAUAAAGUUGUUGUGGUCCUUUUGCUACUCUCAAAUCGAAGAAGCGGAUACUCGCCCAUUCCGGUUAUCACAAGCAAUCCCAGGAGCUUCAAACUCUCUAGAUUAUGAGAGCGAACUUACCUUUGAGGAGUCGGGCCUUGCGAACUCUAUGAUCUCAGUUACUUGGGAGUGAAAGAGUUUGUAUCAAUUAGGAAUGAAAGAGUUUGUGCCAAUUAAUUAAAGAGAGAGAGAGAGAGAGAGAGAGGGGCGGUAUUUGUGUUUGGGAACUCUGAGCUGUGUCUUCGGCUACUAGAACUGCUGGGAAGAGUUUUUUUGGGUGACUUAUUUAUCCUUUUCUAUUGGUCUUUGCCCUUUAUUGAUUGGUAUUUGUUUGACGGAGGAAUGGGUGUGAAGACUUUAUAGUUGUGUAAAUAUUUAUGGUCUCCCUUAAGGAUGUGGCUGUGGAAUUUU